AUGAUUCCAACAUGUUUCAGCCAUCCCAACACAAUCUCAAGCAACUCUCAAGUGCCUCAAAAUCUCAUCACAUGCAUUUACCAGACUCAGUUAUGCAAUUCUCCAACUUAUCUCACUCUUACUUGGUCCAAAAAUCUCUUCUCCCACUCUUUAACAAUCUAUGCAGCUGAUUCUUUCUCCGUCACCAUUUCUCUCUACCCUUCAACCUUCUCCUUCUUCCGGAACCGCCCCGGUUCCAAAUCCAUCUACUUGACCCACCACCAUUAUCAAAGAAUCAAGCUUUACUGGGAUUUCACUCGUGCUGAAUUCUCCCAGAACUCUGCUGAGCCUGACUGCUCCUUCUACAUUGCCAUUUCCUGCAAUGAGAAACUAGAGUUCUUUCUUGGCGAUCUCCAAGAUGAAUUGAUUAGAAGAUCCGGGUUGAUUACCACUCACCAGCUUGUGGAGCCGGCGCUUUUGUCUCGAAGAGAGCAUGUUUUUGGACGCAAGAGUUAUAUUUCUCGAGUUCAUUUCUUUGGGACCAAACACGAAAUUGGCAUAGAAUGUAGCGGUGGAAUUCUCAAAGUUAAAGUUGAUGGUGAAACGAGUGUUGUCAUCAAAAGGUUAGCGUGGAAGUUCAGAGGGCAUGAGAGAAUUUAUGUUGAUGGCAUUGAAGUAGACUUCUUUUGGGACGUUUUCAACUGGGUCAAUAGCAACAAUGGCUCCGCUAAUAGCGGGAAGAGUAAUGAAAGUAAUAAUGGAAAUGGUGGAAAUGGACAUGGUGUGUUUAUUUUCCAAGUUGGUGAAGGUGGGGUGUGGCCAGAGAUGGUAGGUCCGGAGAAGAGGUUGAUGAAGAAGAGCUUGUCAUCGUUAGGGUCCUCUUCAAUGGCGUCGGGUUCUUUGUCACGGUCGCCAUCUUGUUCAAGUGUGUUGCAGUGGGCGGAGGAGAGCAGUGACGGUGGUAGAAGCUCGUGUUCAUCAACCAGGUCAUGUGGAAGCAAUGGUGGGUUUUCACUGUUGUUGUAUGCUUGGAGGAAGGACUAA